GGAGUGUCAGAACUGGUUGAACAGCUUGGAUGAACUCGACUAAAGUGCAUUUUAUUUAAACACAACCAUCUUCCAACACUGAGACCUGGUUUGACCAAAAGCCCUUUUACACAGUCCAUGUGUCCACGGAUACAAGUAUAAAUAAGAAGAUUUAAGAAGAUGUUCGAUCGCUGAGUAUGUUCUUGCACUGGAGUGUAUAUGGUCUGUGGACAGAUGCAGAACUGCAUCAUCUGAUUUGUGAUUUCUGUGAAACUGAUACAGGUUAGACUAGUUUUUCCUGGAACACUGAUGUUUACUUUGAUUUGUAGUCUGAACGAGAAUGUGACACGUCCUCAGAUCAAAUGCAAACAGUUACAGGGACUGACGAAGGAGCACGAGUGGCGUCUUCUCUCUGGAGGUUUCUCAACACGUGAAGGUGGAAAGUGUCUGUACAUCGACCUGAAGAACAUUCAACAGGAUGCAGCAGCAGAGUCCAGACUCUCCUGAACCCGGACUGUGUGUCCUUGAAGAGUGACGGGUCUAUGUAUGAACGCGUAGACUUUAAAGGUGGACUUCCUGUGGAUGGAAGGAUGCAGCAGCAGAGUCCAGACUCUCCUGAACCCAGCUGUGUGUCCUUGAAGAGUGACGGGUCUAUGUAUGAACGCGUAGACUUUAAAGGUGGACAACCUGCUGAUGGAAGGAUGCAGCAGCAGAGUCCAGACUCUCCUGAACCCGGCUGUGUGUCCAUGAAGAGUGACGGGUCUAUGUAUGAACGCGUAGACUUUAAAGGUGGACUUCCUGUGGAUGGAAGAGUUCAGCAGCAGAGCUCAGAGGUCCACAGUGAUCAGUCUGACCAGCAGCAUCAACCAGACCUGGACUCCAUAUUGAUGCUGCUGGAGGAGAACAUCAUCACUUUUGUGAAGAAGGAGCUGAAGAGAGUCCAGAGGGUCCUGAGACCAGGUUACCCAGAAUGCUUAGCGAGUCAGAGGGAGGAUGAGGAGGUGUUGGACGGUGAGGAUGAAGAGCAGAGGAGGAGCAGCAGAGAGGAGUUUCUGAAGAUCACGGUGAACUUCCUGAGGAGAAUGAAGCAGGAGGAGCUGGCUGACUGUCUGCAGAGCAAAUGUCAUUCUGCAUUUUGUGGACGUAAACUUAAAUCUAACCUGAAGAAGAAGUUCCAGUGUUUGUUUGAGGGGCUUGCUAAAACAGGAAAGCCAAACCUUCUGAAUCAGAUCUACACAGAGCUCUACAUCAUAGAGGAAUGGACUGGAGAGGUCAAUGAUGAACAUGAGGUCAGACAGAUUGGAAACAACAUCCAGGAAACCAGACAGACCAGAAACAACCAUCAGACAAGAAGACAUCUUUAAAGCCUCACCUG